CACUGCGCCACGUUGGGAACUCCUGUUUUUGUUUUUAGAGAUGGCUAUUUUUGUUAAUACACUUGUUUCCCCAAAACCCUUUUCAACAUUAGCAUGUUACACCAAUCCAAACUGACUUUGGAAAUGAAAGAAGUUAAUAGUGUUCGUUCUGUCAACGCUAAAUUUGGUAUUGUCAGUAAAUAUAAACCUGAUCUUAAAAUUGAAAAAGAUCUUUAAGAAUGCUGUCACAAUUUUGAUAAUUGUAUUUCAGCAUCGAAAAUUUCCUAUGUGUUAUUUCUCAGGUGUGUGUUAUAUACCUUCUUGCACGAGGGGACCAAGGAACAUUCAGGUGGCUGAAGUAGAGUGUCCAAGAGAUGGAGACAUACGGGGAACCCCCAUGGAUUCUCCUGAAAAAUAUCCUCGCCUGACGCCUACCAUUGAAAAUGUGAAAGAUUCUGUUCCUAAUAAAACAGUAGGAACGAGGGAUUUGCAAACGUCCAGAUCAGAGUGUUCCGCUUGGGACGCUACCGGUUUGACCCGCAAUAACAAGACUUGUCCAAGAGCCAGGCCCUUGAAAAUGGAUGAUAACUCUCCCGUUGGGUCACAAUCAGUGACCACAAAUCAGUCAUCAUCCAGAGAAUGUGGACCGAUGGCCUUAAUAGAUACGGAGAAAGUUCAUGCUGGAGCAAAAAAGAAGAAGUAUAUGCUCCAUGACCUGUGUGAACCACAGCUGCCAGAAAACCAAGAAAGCAGAAAAGAUUCUCCUGAAAAAUAUCCUCAUUUGAAGUCUCCUGUUGUGGUGAAAAAGUCUGUUCCUCAUAAAACAGUUGGCACGAAGGCUUUGCGAAUGUCCAGAGCAGAGUGUUCCGCUUGGGACGCUACCGGUUUGGCCCGCAGUAAUGAGACUUGUCCAAGAGCCGGGCCCUUGAAAAUGGAUGAUAACUCUCCUGUUGGGUCACAGUCUGUGACCAGAAAUCAAUCGUCAUCCAGAGAAUGUGGACCAAUGGCCUUAGCAGAUGAAGAAAACCCUCACGUGGGAACGAAGGGAGCGAAGAGUAAGAAGCACAGGCUCCGUGGCCCGUGUGUAUCUCCGCUGCCCCAAAACCAAGAAAGCAAAGAAGAUUCUGUUAGCCUCUUGAAAAAUCAGGAUUCAGUUCUUUCAGAUGACAGAUUAGUAGAACUUAAAAAAGGCGCUAUGAACUGCUUACAGGAAAAAUGAAAGAAAUGCAAAGUAAGAUCACUGGGUUACAAAAGGAGCUGUCAGAAACAAAAGAAGUGACACCACAGUUAGAACACCAAAAACUGGAGUGGCAAGGAGAGUUCUGCAGUAUGAGGUACCAAGCAUCUUGGUUUUAAUAUCUGAAGACAUAUUUGAACUACUUUUAUUUACUUUCAUGAUGCCUACAUAGAAGAAAAGUUUUAUAAUUGCUCACUUACCUUCCAGGAUUUUAUAUGGGCGAAAACAUCAUUAGUAUUGUGGAAUAUGGAAUUCUUAGGAAUAAUGCAGCAAGUUCUUAACAGUGAAAACUUGUAAAGAUGUAAUGUAUUUUUUCCUCAGUAAUCAUUUUCAUGACCAUCCUGAAGUCCACCUUAUGAA